AUAUAGGAUGCGGCGCUCGAGUCGGCCAUCAAUCGCGAAGCAAAAAUUUGUAAACGAUUGACGAUCGCGUGGUCAUAUUCAUGUCGAUUAUGAAUCUCGAGCAACGUUCCGUGAUGACAACUGCGGAAGAAGUCACAAUGAAGUAUCCACAUUUCCGAUUAAAGAUCGAUCUGUCCAAAUUCUUUCACGAUGCGCGUCGAUUUUGCUGGAUCUUCAUCGACGGGAUGAAGGUUCAACAUAUCAUUCAUAUACAACAACACAUCAGUAGAAUGUUCAACAUCAGGGAACCAUUCCAUUUAUUGCUAAACGAUAUUGAAUAUCUACCGCCAACAGAGGAUGUGCGUAUACUCAAGGAGAAUGAGACGAUUCUGGUUGUUCCUGGUUCAGGUAUAAAUAAUGAGAUUAUCGUGGAAACGAGCAAUAAUUCUGUGUAUGAUAAACAGUCCCAAAUAGCAAAUGUUAACACAGCAAUGGUUGUACAGAAUGUAUCUAAUGAUACUUUGAAUAAUAUGCAACCAACAUCAAUAAACAAUGCGACAAAAGAUAUGACAUUUUAUAGUGUUAUUAAUGAUACAAUGAUUGAUCACAGUAAAGGAGAUACAGAUUCUAAAACUACGGAUAAUAAUAAUUCAUUCGAGGAUUGUAAUAUAAUGGAUUCUAUUGUAUCCGUUGCAAAAAGAAAACGGACACGAAAACGGAGGCCAAAAAAUCGAUCUCAGUUUGUCGCAUCACUUCUUAAUGGUAUAAAUGAAGAAUACAAACAAAAUGAACCAACAUCAAAAAAGCCAAAGAUAAUAGAUUCUUAUAUUAUCCCUUCUGACAAACAUAUACGAUUUGAUACAGAAGAUGAAAAUCAUAUUGCUAAACAAAUAGUACAAGAAGUGUCGAGAAAUGAAUCUUACUUGAGCAAAGCUUCGUCUUCCAAAGAUCUUUCUGCGUUGUUAGCAUUAGGGCAUAGUUCAACGCCACUUACAUUUAUAAAGAAGUUAAAAAACGGAGUUCGAGCAGAAGGCAUAUCAAAUGAUGAGACAAACCAAAAUUUAAAUAAAAUUACAGAAAAUAGCGAAAAAGAUUCAUGCAGCAAAGAAAUUAAUAAAAAAGUACAAAAUAAGAAUUUUCGUAUGGACUUGGAAAAGAUUCCUGUUAUGACCAGAAAACCACAAUUUAAUGAUAUUAUUUCCUUUAGAACUUUAAAGAUGGGUACAGAUUACACGCCUCAAGUAUCCAAUACUAUUAUCAGUGAAGUAAUAGGUUUUUGCCCAAAGUCUACAAAUUAUACUCUGAGGAUAAUCGAUGGCAGGGAAGAAAUCCAAGUACCAUUCGGAAAAUUCUCACUCUCAGAAGACGAGUUUGAAAAUCAUCCUGAUGGAGAUACAUUUAUACUGAAUUAUACACAGAUGAUAGAACCACGACUAAUUUCGUAAUUUUUUUUUUUUGCUUUACAUACUUGUUCCUAUAUUUUAACUUUAUUUGAUUCAAAGCA